GUGUGUGUGUUUUACGCCUUUAUAAAAGUGUGGCUGGCGCUCAGCUGGUCUCUCACAGGGACUUCACGAUGGCCGUUCUGGGGAUUUUGGCCGCUGUUGUACUUUUGCUGGAGACAGUCUCCGCCGCCUCUCUCGGGGUUGUUUACACCGAGGGAGGGAUGGUGACGGGGAAAAGCAUCUCCCUUGGAUUGUUCCGUCGCAUGGAUGUUUUUAAAGGCAUUCCCUUUGCCGGGAUCCCUGGAAGGUUUGAGAAGCCACAGCGUCACCCUGGCUGGGAUGGUAUCCUGAAGGCCACAGAGUACAGAAACAGAUGCCUUCAACUCAACCUUCUGAUGAACGACGUCAGAGGCAACGAGGAUUGUCUUUACCUGAACAUUUGGGUUCCUCAUGGCAGCAAGGUGUCCACCAAUCUGCCUGUCAUGGUUUGGAUCUAUGGAGGAGCAUUCUUGCUUGGUGGCUCGAUGGGAGCUAACUUCCUGGAUAAUUAUCUCUACAGCGGGCAGGAAAUCGCAGACCGAGGAAAUGUUAUUGUGGUGACAUUUGGAUACCGUGUGGGAACAUUGGGUUUCCUGAGCACCGGAGACUCUAGUUUGCCUGGUAAUUAUGGCCUGUGGGACCAGCAUGCUGCCAUCGCCUGGGUGCACAGGAACAUCCGGUCCUUCGGUGGAGACCCAGACAACAUCACAGUCUUUGGAGAGUCUGCAGGAGGAGCCAGCGUCAGUCUUCAGACUCUUUCUCCUCACAACAAAGGGCUUUUCAAGAGAGCCAUCUCCCAAAGUGGAGUCGCUCUUUGUCCCUGGGCGAUCAACAAAAACCCUCGCAAGUUUGCUGAAGAGGUUGCCGUUAAAGUCGGCUGCCCCACCGAUGCGUCCAUGGGAGCGUGUCUGAAGAUGACAGAUCCCGUUCACCUGACGAAGGCGGGAGUGCUCAAUCUGACCGCCUCUCCUGACAGCCCUCUAGUGUACAACUUGAUCCUGUCUCCCGUUGUCGAUGGCGACUUCCUUCCUGAUGAGCCUCACAACCUGUUCCACAACACCGCUGCCAUCGACUACUUGGCUGGAGUCAAUGACAUGGACGGACACAUCUUCACUGGUUUUGAUGUUGCAUCAGUAAACUCCCAUCUGGUGGAUACUCCAACUGAAGAUGUGAAGAGGCUCUUGGCUGCUUUGACUAAAGACAAGGGCACGCUUGGCUCUGAGAACGCCUACUCCACCUACACCUAUGAAUGGGGAUCGAAGCCCAGCAGGGAGGCCGUCAAGAAAACCGUCGUGGACAUCGAGACGGACUACAUCUUCCUGAUUCCCACCCAGGCAACCCUUUACCUUCAUGCUGCCAAUGCCACAUCUGGACGCACCUACUCCUACAUCUUCUCUGAACCAAACCGUUUGGGAGGCCUCACCAAGCCCUUCCCCAGCUGGCUGGGAGCUGACCACGCUGACGACCUGCAGUACGUGUUCGGAAAGCCUUUCACCACCCCUCUGGGAUACUGGCCGCGCCACCGAGAUGUCUCCAGAUACAUGAUUGCCUACUGGACAAACUUUGCCAAAACGGGAGACCCUAACAAAGGAGGUCUGAGCGUUCCCGUCAGCUGGCCUGCAUUCACUUCCACUGGACAUCAGUUCCUGGAGAUCAACUCCAAGAUGGACAAGGGCUACGUGGGACAGAAGCUGAGGAUGCGUUUUGUGAACUUCUGGACCAGCGUCCUGCCCAACCUUCCUACAGUCCAUGCAGAAUAAAGAGCUCAGAGUGUGAAUUUAUAAAAAAUAAAUGCAAGAAAGUUGCUAAAACA